CUUCGUAGUUCGUUCUCUAGAAAGUCGGUUACUCUGCAUUCUCUGCAAUUGCUUCCAGCUUUAGAGUAGCUAUGAUUCGUGCAAGGGCGAUGAUAGUAUCUCUCAGGCUCGCCAACUCGCUUCUCUCAACUCGGCAGCUAUGGACACAGGUGACUCGGUUCUCUACCCUUUCCUCUCCCUCUCUGUCAAAACAUUCUCACAUUUUUCAUCCUUUCAUUACUCAUCAGAAGCUCUACUUCUCAACGAAUACGAACUCGAUUGUACAACUCUUAUUGGACAAAAAUUGGUCUACUGAGUUAGAGGGCGAGUUAGUAAAUAGCUGCCCAAAAUUUACGCAUGAGAUUAUUGUAUUCGUUUUGAAGAAACUCGAUAGAGAGCCACAGAAAGCCUCGGAUUUCUUCAAUUGGGCUUGUGAGAAAAACGGGUUCAGACCCAGUUCUGCCUUGUAUAGCUUAAUGCUUAGGAUAUUACUUAACAAGGAUUCUAUGAAGCAGUUUUGGAUCACUCUGAAGAAAAUGAAGGAAUUAGGGUUUUAUGUUGAUGAGGAAACUUAUGUAUCUUUGUUAGGAAUUCUUAGAAAGGAGAAGAUGUCUGCUGAUGCAGUGGCUUUUACCCAUUUUUUUAACAGGAUGGUUCAAGACAAUGCCAUGGAUGAUGUUGUCAAGAAGGUGGUUGGUGUUGUUCUUGGGGCAGAUUGGAAUGAAGAAAUUGAGAAAGAAUUGGGGGAGAUGAGUAUUGUGCCCUCAGAUAAUUUUGUGAUCAGAGCACUAAAGGAGCUUAGGAAUUACCCUGAUAAAGCGUUGAGCUUUUUUCGUUGGGUUGGUUGUUUUCCAGAUUACAAACACAAUUCUACUACUUAUAAUGCGAUUGCUAGGGUUCUUGGUAGUAAGGACUCUAUAAAGUUUUGGAGUGCUGUUGAGGAGAUGAAAAGUUCUGGUCAUGAGAUGGAUAUAGACACCUAUAUAAAGAUUUCUCGGCAGUUUCAGAAGCACAAGAUGUUGGAAGAUGCGGUGAAGCUUUAUGAAUUUAUGAUGGAUAGCCCAUUUAAACCCUCAGUUCAGGAUUGCGGCAUACUCCUGCGGAUUAUCUCGAGGAUUGAUAACCCAGAUUUGGACUUGGUGUUCAGGGUAGUGAAGAAAUAUGAGGCAUCCGGUUAUACUCUUUCGAAGGCCAUCUAUGAUGGGAUUCAUAGGUCUUUGACAAGUGCGGGGAGGUUUGAUGAAGCGGAGAAUAUUAUCAAGGUUAUGAGAAAUGCAGGAUAUGAACCUGAUAACAUUACGUAUAGCCAGUUGGUCUUUGGACUUUGUAAAGCUGGGAGACUAGAGGAAGCCUGUCGGGUGCUAGAUGAAAUGGAAGCUCAUGGAUGUAUUCCUGACCUCAAAACUUGGACCAUUUUGAUUCAAGGGCAUUGUGCUGCUAAUGAAGUUGAUAAGGGAUUAAUGUGUCUGGCAAAACUGAUAGAGAAAAGAUGUGAUGUGGAUGCUGAUUUGUUGGAUGUCUUAAUAAAUGGUUUCCUUCAGCAAAAGAGGAUAGAAGGUGCCUACACGAUGCUUGUAGAGAUGGUGAAAAAGAUGAGGGUGAGGCCUUGGCAAGCUACAUAUAAACUUCUAAUUGAAAAGCUUUUAGGAGUAAGGAAAUUUGAAGAAGCAAUGGAACUUCUUCUUCUGAUGAAGAAACAAAACUACCCACCUUUCUCUGAACCUUUUGUUCCAUAUAUUUCAAAGUUUGGAACUGUGGAGGAUGCUGCAGAUUUCUUGAAGGCACUGACUGUGAAGGAAUAUCCAUCCAUCUCAACUUACCUUAAUGUUCUCGAAUCCUUCUUGCAGGAAGGUAGACAAUCUGAGGCCAAAGAUGUACUGUUUAAGUGCCCUCAUCAUAUUCGUAAACAUCAGGAGAUUGGCAAACUCUUUGGUUCAUCAAAAACUGAUGAGAUUAAGACUUGAUUUAUUUCUCUUGUUUUCUCCCAUGGAGUUAUCCCAAGUUCAAAGUUUCCUCGUCAAACUGAUUGGGAUUAUUUGAAGCUACCCUGGAGUAAUAGUAUUAUCAAUUUAUCAUUUGGGAAGCCUGCAAUUCCAUGAGCUCUAGCUCGCUGUGAGACAUUACCGCUGGCUCAUGGGUUUGCCUUUUAAGCUGAUGUUGUAGAACACGAAUUUUCUUUUCAUUUGUUUUGGGCAGAAAAAUUGUCGACGGUUCAUUGCUGAACAGCAGGGAUUCUUGUUUUCAUGAUGUGUGCGUUGCUUCUGGUAGGCCGAAAUUUUGCUUCCGGUUGUACGGUCCAUACAGUCUCAUCCUAUGCUAAUAAAAUUAGAGUUGUCUGUACUAUGUGGUGAGUUUGUAAAUAGUGUUUGUCUGGAUGUAUUGGCACAUGAAAACAAUAUUUCUGUAUGAC